AAUAUAAUGCGUUGUGCAUACCAGGCCAGGUUCUCUGAGAGUCACACAUAACUUUUACCUUGUGCCAGUUAGGGUGUGAAGAAACAUAGCUUGAUCAAAGUAAAUUAAAAGUCACUAAAGUUUGUCUAAAAGAUGCCUUCGCGUGUAGAUUCUCGAAUAAAAGAUUUUAAAAAUGGAAGGAAAGAUAUGGACGAUUUAAGAAGAAGACGUACAGAUGUCACAGUUGAAUUACGCAAGGCCAGAAAGGAUGAACAAAUAUUAAAGAAGAGAAAUGUGACUGAUUUAGCGUCCCUCAGUCCAUUAAAGGAAAAUAAUCAGCAGACACCGACACCUUAUUUGCCACUGGAGGAGAUAAAAAAAAUUUUGUUAAGUAGUGUACCUGCGGCAGAUAAAGAAAUAUAUAAUGCUGUGCAAAGUACAAGACGAUUGUUGUCUCGUGCAGAAAGUCCUCCAAUUGACAAAGUUAUCAAAUCUGGCCUGGUACCGAAAUUGGUUACAUUACUACAGUAUAAACAAGAUACGUCUAUUCAAUUUGAAGCUGCUUGGGCAGUGACUAAUAUCGCUUCUGGAAGCUCUGAGCAAACAAGAACAGUUGUAGAAGCAGGUGCAGUGGACUGCUUUGUUGAGCUUCUUUCAUCACAACACGCUCAAGUUCAAGAACAGGCUGUUUGGGCUCUUGGAAACAUUGCAGGUGACGGUCCUGACUUUCGUGAUUAUGUUAUCUCCAGAGGUGUUGUUGAUCCUCUUCUUGCAUUGAUUAAACAGAACACCCCACAUUUAUUUCUUCGCAACGUUACAUGGACAUUAUCAAACCUUUGCAGAAAUAAAAAUCCACCUCCAAAGUUAGAGUCAAUUCAAAAAGCUUUACCAGCACUUGCAGCUCUUAUCCAUUAUCCAGACAACGAUGUCGUGGCUGAUGCUUGUUGGGCCUUAUCUUACUUGACAGAUGGUCCAAACGAGAAAAUCAGUGUUAUAAUCCAAACUGGGGUCGUGCCUCGAUUGGUGGAAUUGUUAUCUAAUGAACAUGUUACAAUUGUGACUCCUGCAUUGCGUGCAAUUGGCAAUAUCGUCACUGGAACAGAUGAACAAACGCAAAUUGUAGUGGACAGUGGUGCUUUGCAGAAACUGAAGGCAUUGUUUUUUCAUAAGAAAUCUCAAAUAGUAAAAGAAGCUGCGUGGGCUGUGUCUAAUGUGGCAGCUGGAAAUGCUGCUCAAAUACAAGCUAUUAUCGACAGCGAACUCCUUCAGCCUGUUGUAAACGCCCUUGAGAAUGGCGAGUUUAAAGUACAAAAGGAAGCUGUAUGGGUGAUCACGAACUACACCUCAGGUGGAACUAUGGACCAAAUUGUUACUUUACUGCAUCAUCAAGUUCUGGGUCCUCUGUGUCGUAUGCUUGCUACGCAUGACAGCAAAACAACAAUGGUCGCGUUAGAUGCUGUUAACAAUAUACUUUUGAAUGCACAAAAAAUGGAUCUCGCGAACGAUGGUAUGAAUGCAUUGAGCAAAGUAACGUACAUGAUCGAGGAGUGUAACGGGUUAGAUCCUUUAGAGAGCUUGCAAAAACACGAAAAUGAACCUAUCCGCAAGUCAGCUACAGAAAUAUUCACCAAUUACUUUGAAUUGGAAAGCGAUGAGGAAGAUCAACAAAUCGAACCACAAGUGAUGGGAAGCGCUUAUCAGUUUUCAGCUGGUAAUGGUAAUUUUACCCCGCAAUUUAACUUAUAAAACAAACGAUGUUACUUCGCACAUUACCAUAUUUCAUAUCUGUAUCUUUUCAUUAACUGCAUUAUUGUAAAAUAUUUCUGAAUAAAUUUUGUUCGGUUUUUAAA